AGGCGGUUAGUGAGGGCGUGAGAGUCAGUCUGUGAGGGGGACUGUGACGGAGACUGUGGGGGACUUGGCGGUGUUGGACGACCCCGAGACGAUGCCGUUGACGAGCCGUUUGGUGGCGGCUGUGGCCCUGGUGACGGUGGCGGUGAUGGCGGUGAUGCCGGUUGAGGCCCUGAAGGAGGGCGAUUGUGAAGUUUGUGUUAGUUUCCUGGAGCGGCUUUACAAGAUCCUAAAUGAUGACCAAGUGGAGUUCACUCCUCCUAGUAUAGAGAAACACCUUGUCAAAGCGUGCAAGGGUGUCAAGGGCAAGGAGAACAGAUUUUGUUAUUACUUGGGAGCCACAAGUGAUGCAGCAACAAAAAUAAUUAACGAAGUCUCCAAGCCCAUGAGCUAUCACAUGCCAGUCGAGAAAAUCUGUGAGAAGCUGAAGAAGAUGGAUAGUCAGAUCUGUGAGCUGAAAUACGACAAGCAGGUGGAUCUCAGCACUGUAGAUCUGAAGACCCUCCGAGUUAAGGAGCUGAAGAAGAUCUUGGACGUGUGGGGAGAAUCGUGCAAAGGCUGUGCAGAGAAAUCAGACUUUAUCCGAAAAAUCAAAGAAUUGAUGCACUUGUACGCUCCCAAUGAUGCUAAGAUCAGGAGAGACCUUUAGUAACUCAUAGCGCCUCGUGACCACCUCUCUAUUGUACAUUUUCAUUGUUUUUUCACUCACCUUUUUUAUAAUUUAUUAAUAAAAAGGGACUAACGUCUGAGAUUUGCU